AUGAAGCUUCUCGGUGUUUGCCUAGUUUUCGCGAUUCUGAACGCUGCAUUGUGUAUCCAACAAGCCAAAAUAACCAGCUUACAGCCGCAUGGAAUUAGGUUUGAAAUUCCAGAUGAAGGGUUUAGUUUUGUCGGUCUUCACUACAGUGUGAAUAAGCCUGUUGCCGGGGUAGCUGCAGGGGACAUCAACGUCGAUAUAAGAUCUAAAAUCGGGGACAACUUUGUAUACGAACACACGACUGAGGAUCUACAUCCUGGAGACACUAUCAAUUACUGGGUCCUUGGUCUGAAAAACGGACGGGGAGAGCAGCUGACAGGGCUGUCUUAUACAAUACCAGCUCCAACUCCCAAACCAACGACAAGACCACCUACAACCACGACGACAACUUUAAAACCAACACCUGCUGUUUCCGGAACUGAUUUACAUUCAUCAGGAACCGGUAGUGGAUCUUCAACUGGCGGCUCUUUUUCCACUGACACAUCCUCGGGGAUAAGUAAACAUGACCUCGACUAUAUAAACAGUCUUUCUGGUCAGACAGGAUCCGGAACUAAUACUGGUACAAGUGGCGUUCAGAAUACAGGAAGUGCAGGUACCGGAAGUUCAACUGGACAGGGAACAACUUCAGGAACAGGAGGAUGUUCAUGUCAAUUUGCAGGUUCCGGAAGUGGUCGAGCAAUUCCCAACUGCCAAAGCUAUCCAUGUUUGAUAUUUGAAGAUAAUUUCGACACGCUGGACAUGGACACGUGGGAACACGAGAUUACUGCCUCAGGUGGAGGGAACUGGGAGUUCCAGUAUUACCUCAACAACAGAUCCAAUAGUUACGUCAAGGACGGAGUGCUGUACAUCAAGCCGACUCUUACCACGGAUCGUUUUGGGCCAGAUUUCCUGACAACAGGCACACUGGAUUUGUGGGGCGGUACUCCUGGGGACACGUGCACGAGUAAUCAGUUUUACGGGUGUAAACGUGUUGGGAACGGUGCACACCCUAUCAACCCUAUACAGUCAGCAAAGCUCCGAAGCUCGAGAGGGUUCAAUUUCAAAUAUGGAAAGAUUGAAAUUGAAGCAAAAAUGCCACUAGGAGACUGGAUAUGGCCAGCAAUAUGGAUGUUGCCACUAAGGAAUGCCUAUGGCCAAUGGCCUGCGUCAGGAGAAAUCGACAUUGUAGAGAGCCGAGGAAAUCGUCACUACACUGCUUCUGAUGGUACCCACAAAGGCGCAGACUCCUUCGGAAGUACUCUACAUUUCGGACCCAGUAUUCUGGAUAAAUCUUACGACCCAUGGCAGACGGCACACGUUGAAAAAACUCUGCCACAGGGAACCCUUGCUGACGACUUUCACAAAUAUGGAGUAGAAUGGACCGAAGACCACAUUAAGUUCUUGUUCGAUGAUCAGGAGACAUUAACCGUCACUCCACCUGCCCAGGGUGGUUUUUGGAAACAUGGAAAUCUCGACAAAUCAGGGUUUGAAAAUCCUUACCGAAAUGCCAGUAAAAUAGCCCCGUUUGACCAACAGUUUUACCUGAUCAUGAACGUUGCUGUGGGAGGCGUCGGCUUUUUUGAUGAUAAAUUAAUCAACUCCCCCACUCCAAAACCCUGGCGUGAUGACAAUGAAUUCACCACCCGUGACUUCAUCAACGCUAAAACCCAGUGGUACCCCACCUGGAACCCAACAGACCGGAACGGCGAGGACGCCGCCAUGAAAGUUAACUACGUCAAGGUGUGGAAACUCAGUCCAUGA